GUAGGAAGGCCCAUUAAAGAAGUGAGCGGUAUUCAUUAAACAAACCACAUUCGACUUUUCCUCAAAAUCAAUUUCAUCAAAUUUGGGUGCGGAGAAUAAUAAUAAGCGAUGAUUACUCUGAGAAUCACAAAUAUUGGAGCAAAAAAGUGAGCGAAUCCCUAGCUUGGGGAUGAUGUUUGGACGACUACGAUUGACGAAGAUCGACAAAGUGGCGGCUACUCGGUCCGUCGCAUCGCCGCCAUCUUUCGUCGUCGUGGUCUUCUUCUCGCUGAUCCUCGGCGGGAGAUGGAUCGUCUUUGCCGAUGGAAGCAGCGGUGGCGGCGCGAGGAACGGCUACUCCGGCGGGUUAUGGUCGUCGGCUGUUGCUCCUUCCAAUGUUGGUUUAGCUGUCGCUGUCACCGUCAUGGCCGGUCUCGCCGUGGCUUUCACCGUCGUCUACUCCCGUAGAGGAAGCAUUGGAUCACCUUGGUCACUGAGGAGAAGAAAGCAUGCUCUUCAACCUAAACAGUGGAAUGCUUUUUUCACAGAGGAAGGGCAACUCAGUGAUGGAGGUGUCAAAUUUCUGAAGAAAGUUCGCAGUGGGGGUGUGGAUCCAAGCAUCAGACCAGAAGUUUGGCCGUUCCUCCUUGGAAUGUAUGACUUAAAGAGCACCAAAGAAGAAAGAGAUUCUAUCCGACAGCAGAAAAAGAAGGAGUAUGAAGACCUGCGGAGACAGUGUCGUGAGAUUCAUGAACGCAAUGAAGAUGGGUGUGGCUCAAAGCAGACAGCUCAGAGCAGCAACACCGAAGACAGCCAGGUUCUUGAUGCCCAUGAUACUGAAGACGUCGAUAGUUCCACAAGAUCCGUCCGAGUAGAAGAAUCAGAAAAGUUGAAUUCUGAAUUGGUUCAGCAGGAUGGGAACAGUGAAAAGAGCGAUGUCACCUCCGAAGAUUCUGCUGCUAGUGAAUCAGACUCAACCAACUGUGAAGAAACGGAUACAUCGCCUCUUCUGGCUAACGAAGAAGCAGAAAGCCACAGUACUGUUGCUAACCAAGAAAAAGACAAUCCAUCUACAUCACCAAAGCCAAAAUCUCAGGCAGACGAGGAUUUCGUCACGACGUGGCAGAGAAUUAUCCGCCUGGAUGCAGUGAGAGCAAACGACGAAUGGGUGCCAUACUCACCGUCUCAAGCCGCUGUUUCUGAGACCAAAGCCAGGGGACUAGCCACACAGAUUGGUCUCAGUGACUACGACCACCUGGAGCCCUGCCGGAUAUUCCACGCGGCCCGCCUGGUGGGGAUCCUUGAAGCCUACGCAGUGUAUGACCCAGAAAUCGGUUACUGUCAAGGCAUGAGCGACUUGCUGUCUCCUCUAAUCGCAGUGAUUGAAGACGACGUGUUAGCAUUCUGGUGCUUUGUUGGGUUCAUGAGUAAGGCAAGGCAUAACUUCCGGCUAGACGAGGUUGGAAUCAGGCGGCAGCUCUCAAUAGUGUCGAGAAUCAUAAAAGUCAAAGACAUUCGGUUGUACCGGCACUUGGAGAAUCUUGAAGCAGCGGACUGCUUCUUUGUGUACCGAAUGGUGGUGGUUCUGUUCAGACGAGAGCUAACCUUUGAGCAGACGCUUUGCUUGUGGGAAGUAAUGUGGGCGGAUCAGGCGGCCAUACGAACCGGGAUUGCGAAGGCGACUUGGGGGAGAAUCCGGUUACGGGCACCGCCAACGGAAGAUUUGUUGCUUUACGCGAUCGCGGCAAGCGUGUUGCAGAGGAGGAAGACGAUCAUAGAGAAGUACAGUGGGAUGGAUGAGAUAAUGAAGGAAUGUAAUAGCAUGGCUGGUCGUCUUGAUGUUUGGAAACUUCUCGACGAUGCUCAUGACUUGGUCGUCAAUCUUCACGACAAGAUCUGAGAUGAUCACUUCUUAAUCCCACUCUUUGCCGCCUCUUGUCACUUGUUAGUCUUGUUCUGUUAUUGUUACUUAAAAUGUGAAACAAAAAAUGGUCUUACAACGCUUCAAAACAUCUAAUUGAUGGUUACUUAAAUAAAGAGUUCACCUAGAAAUGGUCCUCUGAA